AUGUUUGAUCCAAAGGUCAUGACAGUAAUAAAUCUAAGUUUGGCAGCUAAGAUCAUUCAAGCUAUGAAGCAAUUUGCCUCUUUAACAGAUCAAGCUAAAAAGAGCUUAGAGUUAGGUGAUCACAAAAGAUUUGCUGAACUCAUGUCAGCUAAUUUUAAUCUUCGUCGAGCUACUUAUGGUGAUGCUGUGAUAGGCGCUUCAAACCUGAGAAUGAUUCAAUUAGCACAAGAGCAUAAUUGCGUUGCCAAGUUCCCAGGAAGUGGCGGUGCUGUUGUUGGUAUGUGGCAUGGUGAAAAUAAAGAAGAAGAAAAGAAAGAUUUGUUUCAAUUAUGUCGUGCCUUAGAAAGCGAAGGUUAUGUAUUUAUAGAAUUAUCACCCAUGAUUUAUGAAUAA